CACGUAACCCGUCAAUCCCAACCUUGAUUUCCCGCACCACCGAACCGCAGUCACGACCCGACACCGAAGGCUCAAUCUCUACAGCCUUCGUCUAGCUGCCAGACCCAUCUCCACUCCAAAAAAGCUGAUCGACGAGAACGAACAGCAGCCGCGAGCUAUAACAAGCCCCAGCCGAAGUCAAUUGGGGCGGGAAAAAAACCGGGAACAAACCAAUAUCCUCUCCAAAUAUCGACCGAAAACAAAAUGCCCAGCAUCCGACCCAGCGUGGCGCUCCGCGCCCUCCGGCAGACGACGCAGACCAGGACGUUGUCGACGACGCCACGACGCCUGGCCUCCCAUGGGCCUGAGUACGACCCGCCGACCGGCUGGCUGUUUGGCGUCAAGCCCGGCGAGAAGUACCAAAAGGAGGGCUGGGAGAACAUCAUGUACAUUGGCUUCUUUGGCAGCUUUGCCGUCUUUACCGUUGCCAUGUGCUUCAAGCCCGACACCUCGAUACAAACUUGGGCUCUCGAGGAGGCCCGCCGGAGGUUAGAGGUUGAGGGCAUCUUGGAGGACCCCUUCCCCGAGAAGAAGCCUUGAGCUGAACGGAUGGGAUGAACUCGGGACUCGGUUCAAGGAGCCCGAUGUUGUCAAUUUCUUCCAGUGUCCUCUUUGUCUCUCUCUGUCCGCGAUGGGAAUACUUCAGAGGACAGACAAGGGGCGCUGUGUGUUGAAAACUGUUUGGGGGAAUAGACCUGAAUUUGAUUCCUUUUUUCCUUGUCUGCUGCGCAUUUUCUUUACCCACCCUCCAUCACUUUUCGAUGGCAAUAUUUUCUGUUAUGUUCAAUCGAGGAAACUAAGACUAUAUUCCCUUUGACUUUGCUGUUAGUACUGGCAUUUUAGGCCAUUCAUAAGAGACUUGAUGCGGCAAGCUGGCCUCGACUCGACGUCGUUAUAGAGCUGAGAGCACGCAUGCAGCACAAUCUUCCGUUUACAAGCUCACUGACGCAUACCUACUACAGCUUACUAAUAACAGGCGAAUUGGUUCGAUUGUCAGCCACGAUGUUAUUUCAUCCCCAUGGCAGGUACUCUUUAGGCAUCUACACCGCUAGUGUUGGAUCGAGCUUCUGGAGCACAAAACGUUUGUCCUGCGGCUGUUCUAUAGAUGUAAUCUUUCUAUAGAUGUGAUCUAUGUCUGGACAAAGAAACGCCAAGGCAAGGAAAAGGAAGAGGCAUUAAAAAGAAAAAUUACAGUAGAAUAAAUCAGCACACGUGACUCCACUCGUGGUCCUCGUCGC